AACCUCUCUCUCUAUCGACCAAAUUAAGAGUUGAGUAUCCCGUUCGAGUUACAAAAAAUGUAACAAGGGAAGGUGGUCCAUAUCAUUUUACAUGAAAAUUAAUAAUUAUUAUUAUAAACUAAGCAUAAUUAAAGAUCGACCUAACAUCAAAAGUACAAAUGUGGUGACACUGGCAUGCGUAUAAAUAGCCAAGCCCUUCUCUUUCUCUGCAUGUCUUGUCUUCCAAAUAGUGUCUAAACAACACUACUCGAAACCAACAAACCAUAUAUAGCUAGCCUAUAUAUAUAUAUAUUUCUCCAUUGAUAUACUUAUAAGAAGAAAGAGAAGAAGCAUUAAGAACAAGAAGAAGAAUGAUGAUAGGGUGGGAAGACGUUUACAAGGUGGUGGCGGCGAUGGUUCCCCUCUACGUGGCCCUGGUUCUAGGGUACGGCUCCGUGAGGUGGUGGCGGAUCUUCACCGCCGAGCAGUGCGAUGCCGUCAACCGCCUGGUCUGCUACUUCACGCUGCCGCUAUUCACCUUCGAGUUCACCGCCCACAUCGACCCCUUCCAGAUGAACUACCCCUUCAUCGCCGGCGACGCCAUCGCCAAAGUCAUCAUCGUGGGGGUGAUCGCCUUAUGGGCCAAGUGCAGCAGCAAGGGCAGCUACUGCUGGUCCAUCACGAGCUUCUCUCUCUGCACCAUGACCAACUCUUUGGUCGUCGGGGUCCCCCUCAUGAAGGCCAUGUAUGGCCAAUUCGGCGUCGAUCUUGUCGUCCAGUCGUCGGUGGUUCAGGCCAUCGUCUGGCUGACGAUUCUGCUGUUUGUUCUGGAGUUCCGGCGAAGCUCGACUGGCUUAGUCGGGGAAGACAAGGAUUUGGAAGGAGACGGCAACGGUGUGGUCGGAGCCAGACCGUCGUUCUGGUCGCUGAUGAAGGUUGUGGGGCAAAAGCUCGCCAUGAAUCCCAACUCCUACGCUUGCAUUGUGGGAAUCACUUGGGCCUUCUUAUCAAACAGGUGGCAUUUUCAAAUGCCCAGUAUCAUAGAGGGAUCCAUACUUAUCAUGUCGAAAGCCGGGAUAGGAACUGCUAUGUUUAGCAUGGGAUUAUUCAUGGCGUCGCAGGAGAAAGUGAUUGCCUGUGGAGCAAGUCUGACUGUGAUUGGAAUGGUAUUGAGGUUUAUUGCAGGGCCAGUAGCCAUGGCCAUUGGUGCCAUCGCUGUGGGCUUGCAUGGCGAUGUCCUGCGUGUUGCUAUCAUUCAGGCUGCGCUGCCACAAUCCAUCACUUCCUUCAUUUUUGCGAAAGAAUAUGGUUUGCAUGCUGAUGUCCUAAGUACUGCGGUAAUCUUUGGGUUGAUGGUUUCCCUCCCAGUGUUAGUUGGUUAUUAUGCACUUUUAGAGUGUUUACAUUGAUUUUCAUCAAGAGAUUUUAUAAGUGAAAGCGGAUCCCGGCCAAGAGCAAUGGUUAUAGAUUUUGUUAUGUAUCUCAAUUAAAGUUUAAACAAGAGGAGGAUGCAAUCAAACCAAAUUGUUUCUUAGUGUUCUGAAUGUAUAACAUCUAUUACUUAUUCCAUAUUAAACUUCAUUCCAUUUCUUAA